AUGGAUGGCGAUGUGUUGCCGAGCAAUAUGGAUGCUGAACAUACCGAUGCAUCGUGCAAUGACAAAAUGAGCGACUACGAGAGUGAGGCAGGUGGUUCUCAUGAGUUGCAUAAGCAAACGUCUGCCCCCGAUGUUCCAACACGCAAAGCAGCAGUGACCGCCACGGGAUGGACAUCGCUCUUGAAAGAGGUUGGCGCUACGGCAGGCGGCAUGACGCUUGCUGUGAGUUUUGAGAGCAGGAAAAGUUUAAAAUAUUGCAUUACCUGGCUCCAGUAUGCGAUUGCGCAUAAAGAGCAUCGCAUUGCUAUGUUACGCGCAUUAAUUGACGAAAUGCGCCAGGACAAGCACAGAUUUGUCACACCGGUGGUGCAGCAACUCAUACAAAUUCAGGCGGAUAUUACCAAUAUUAUUCGCUCUGUAAUCACUGUAGCGAGUCGCUAUGCGAGUGAUGCCCUCCCCGAGUAUGCGUUUAAACUUGUACGCCAUUUUUUUCUGAGUUUGCCGGAACGUUGGACGGCCCGCUACCAUGCUUUAGAGAUUACUGUGCCACAAAUGCCACGGAGCCUACCAACGUCACCGCCUCAUGUUGACGCGGAUGCUGGCAAGCAUGUAGCAGAGCAUGCAAACUCAAAGAUGAAGGACAAUGCGGAUGCAGAAAUGCGCCCUUUGCACGACAGGUCCGGCUCGGUGAGCAUGGCUAACGGGGAGGCACAUAAUGAAGAUGUUUUUGAUGAAGACAACCCUAAUUUGCGAUACGAACGCGCUGCUACCAAGAUUUUAACACUUGCCGUGGAGUCACUGGAUAUUGUAUCGAACGUGGCACAAGUAUUCCGGGACGUUGUAAAUCGCGCGGACUCAUGGGCAGACCGCUUCCACCUUACCCGACCCGUCGAUACGAACUUGGAGGACAUGACCAUGCCAGGCGAAGCGGGAGAAGGCCGAUCCAAACUGCCCAUGUUUAGCGAGUUGCCCAAAGACUCACUACAAAAGUCUAUGCAUGUGGACGAUGAUGCCGAGGAGCAACGUAUUCACCCGUCGAAAAGGUCGCGCCACGAUACCACACACCCUUGA